AUGCAAGCAUUUUCUAUCUAUCUAUCUAUCUAUCUAUCUAUCUAUCUAUCUAUGAAUUUUCUUUCACUCAUCCUCCGCCAAUGGUAUAUCACGAAUCCGUACUUCUUCUCUCCCUCAUCCUCCGCCAAUGGUAUAUCUAGAAUCCGUAUUUCUUCUUUCACUCAUACACCGCCAAUGGUAUAUCACGAAUCCGUAUAUUUUCUUUCACUCAUCCUCCGCCAAUGGUAUAUCACAAAUCCGUACAUCUUCUUUCCCUCAUCCUCCGCCAAUGGUAUAUCUCGAAUCCUUUUUCUCAUUGUAAUUCCUUGUUUUUUAUCAAUAUUGUUUGACCUAUAUAAUUCUCUCUCCCUCUUUCUCCCUCUCUCUCACUAUCUCUCCCUCUCGCUCUGUCUCUCGCCCCGUCUCUCUCCCUCUCAUUCUAUCUCUCUCCCUCUCCCCCACGCUUUCUCCCUCUCUCCCUCUCUCUUUUUCUCACCCUCUCUUUGUCUCUCUCCCUCUCUCUAUCUCCCUCUCCCCCUCUUCCUCUUUGUCUCUCCCUUCUUUCUCCCUCCCUCUUUGUCUCUCUCCCCCUCUCUCCCUCUCCCCCUCUCUCUCUUAUAUUCUAUGGCCUUCUCUUCGACCAGACUUUCUCUGCUUUGCUUUCUUCUCCUUUUUCUCUUUGUUACUCGCCAUUUUCAAUGUGGUCGAUCUAGGUGA